CCCGCCUUUCCCCGCUGCAGGGGCGGAGCCUGGAGGAGGCGGUGGCUCCGACCACGAUGGCGGAGCCGGCCGAAGCGGCGCUGGACGCCGUGGCGGCGCAGCUGGGCCAGGCCGCGGCGCCCUCGCGUUGCCUGGCGACCGUGCGGCAGCUGACGGGCCUCUUCCGGGAGGCGCGCCACAGAGAAAAAGCAACAGAGAGCGUGUUCCAAAAUCUCCUGCAAAUUUUGAGGAAAGGGACCAGUGACAUUGAUGUGGCCGGCAAGGACGUCAGUGCGCUGGCCCACCUGGAUGACUGUUUACUGCUGCUGUCAGAAUGCUUCCGAUGCCUGCGGAAUGCCUGUGUUCAGUGUACCAGCAAUCAGAACAUUCUGAGGAAUUUGGGUCUGAUUGACGAUUCUGUCCACCUGAUCCAGUUGCUUCGGAAAUUAGAAACAGACCUGGAGUCAUCAUUGACAGCUUUCCGUUGUAGUCUCCAGUUUCUUGGAAACAUCGCAACAGGAAACAUAGAUUCCCAGAAGAGAAUCUGGAAUCUUUCAGUGCCUUUUCUUUUCUUGGACUGCUUAAAACAUCGAGAUGAGAAAAUUGUUGAAUACUGUUGUAUGAUUCUUUUCACUUGCCUUAACCCCGAGAGAACAAGAGAGUUGCGGGAAGAAAACAAGCUGAACCUUGCUCUUGCUGUUUUACAAGCCUACAGGAGGUACCCGGAAUCAGAAUGGGCGUUCUUGAUUGUCACCAACCAUUUGCUGAAGUGCCCAGAGUUGGUCAAAGCUACGUAUGCCAGACUGAGCAAUCAAGAAAGGACUAUGUUGCUAGAGUUGGUAUUGUCAGAAAUAAAUGACAAGAAUUCCAUCGUUUGCAAGGAAAUGGACACAUUUCUUGCAAGUUGUUUCCAGGAGAAAUGUCAGUCUGUCCUCCAAUUGGCUUCUGCAGCCAAUAACGAAAAUGAGGAAGCCCUAGUUACACUUCAGCUUCUUGAUGCUCUUUGUGAAAUGACAUCCAGUGAUGAACAUCUGGAACAUCUGCAGGCUUGCCCUUAUUUGCUUGAGACAGCUGUCAGUACCCUGCGGCUUGCCCAUCUCUCUGGGAAACAGACUACCAACGUUUUCACUGCAGCUCGUUCAGCGACAGCGCAGGAGCAAGUCUCUCACCCGGCUGUGGGUUUCAAAUCACAUCUGAUUCGUUUGAUUGCAAAUUUGUGUUGCAGGAACAAAGCUAAUCAAGAUAAGGUUUAUGAACUAGAUGGUAUCCCACUGAUACUGGAUAACUGCAGCAUCGAUGACAAUAAUCCUUUUAUAAGCCAGUGGGCAGUGUAUGCUAUCCACAACCUCACCGAACAGAAUGAAAGAAAUCAAGAACUUAUUUCCCAAAUGGAGCAGCAGGGACUGGCUGAUAGUUCCAUCCUUGAGAAGGCAGGACUGAAAGUUGAGAAAGAAGAUCAAAAGUUAAUUCUGAGAUCUGUCAGAAAGACGCCAGAUCUCUAAGUUGCUAAAAGGUACAGGGGUUUUUUUCCACUUGCUACAAACCCUGUUUUGUGAACAAUUGAGACAUUUUUCAAUCAGCCUAUCAGAACCGUUUUGCUCAAAGUGUAAAAGCCAAAGAUUAAUUCAUCACUUUAUAAACUGAAUAAACUGUAAGUAUGAAGUAAACUGCGUAUUUCCAGAUGGUGGUUAUUUUCUCUAUUAGAGAUGCUUCACUCCUUUCAAUUUCACUAGAAAAAUGUAGUUUAUCCAUCAAAUUGAUUUAUAGUCACAAACUCUGGAUGUUCACCCAAAUGUGGCACAUGCUUCAUGACGAACCAACAAUGCUUCCAUUUCUGCUUUCCUGUUUUUUUAAAAAAAAAAUGGACUCAGGGUUGAGUUGUGUGGCAAAGGAGGUAUGAAUUGCUUACCCUUUCGAUGCUUCUGACAGUUAAUAUCUAAGAUAUCCUCUGAAGAUGUGUGAACUGAAAUUUGCUGCCCUAUCACUUAAACAUUAGAAUCCCACACUUUGAUUUUUUUUACUUACAAGUAGUUUAUAUAUUAAUUGUUACAAAAACAACGUUUGUAUUGCCAUUCUUAAAUGGAAUAGAAAUAUGCUUUUCUUCCAUCUUUCCUUUUUCUCUCAUGUUCUGUAAAAUUCACGUUCUGAAAAUGGAAUAAAACUGCUGUUGUUGUGAAUAGUAGGUU